AACGACACUAUGAUUUUUUGAUUUGAAGAGUAAAAAAUAGUCUGCUGUGGUUGGCCUAUAAAGACCAGCCCAAAGCCACCAACCCUGUGGCUGCCAUUGUGCCCAAUCUCUCCUCUCUCUCCUCCACUGUGUGCUCUGUGUGUGAGAGAGAAAGAGUUUGUGCCAAAAAAAUAAAAAUAAAAAUGGGAAGAUCACCUUGUUGCUCAAAAGUUGGUUUGAGGAGAGGGCCUUGGUCUACUAAAGAAGACAAUCUUCUCUCUAAUUUCAUUCUCCAAAAUGGGGAAGGCCAAUGGCGAUCUCUCCCCAAGAAAGCUGGGCUUUUGAGGUGUGGGAAGAGCUGCCGGCUGAGGUGGAUGAACUAUCUGCGGCCGGGAAUAAAGAGAGGCAACAUCAGCCAAGACGAGGAGGAUCUGAUCGUGCGCCUGCACGCCCUCCUCGGCAAUCGGUGGUCCCUAAUUGCGGGCCGCCUCCCAGGUCGAACCGACAAUGAGAUCAAGAACUACUGGAACACCCACCUUCUCAAGAAACUCCAAUCCGCGGGGCUCAGGCCCAAACCCGCACCCGACCAGCCCAGUAGGCCCACCAAACACCAGAGCCCAACCUCCCCAGAAGACAACAACAAGAAGAAGAAGAAGAAGAAGGAGGAGAAGGAGAAUGGUGAGGCAGAGGAGGAGAAGACAAAGGUGUACUUGCCGAAGCCGAUGAGGGUCUCGUCGAGGACGAGCAGCUUUGACAGCCUGGAUAGCCGGGGGCCUGCUGAGGUGGCAUCGUAUGUUCCGUGGGGCCCACUGCUCGAGCUGGAGGAGGGAUGUGGCGGCUGCUUUGUGUCGGUCUCCGGCGAGUUGGGGUUGGAGCAAGUGUACUAUGAUGAGUACUUGCAGCUGUUGUCUAUUUGAUGGUGAUAAUAAUGAAGAAACAAUAAUAUAUAUUGUCUUUGUUGUUGUGUUCUUCUUAAAGGUGGUGGUGGUGGUGUUGGUGUGGAAUUAAUUAACUUUGUUGAAUUGCAAACAUUUUUAUUUUUUUCCUCUGAUUUUGGUGGAAGGAGAUUUGUUUGUUGGUUGUGUUAAACUUAAUUAAAACUGUUUGAAAGACUUAGAAAUUCGAUCUUACACGUGUGGGCGGGGUAGUUUUAGCAGUUCGGAUCACACGCAUUUACAAGAAUUUUUACGGAUUAUGUGUUGAUUUUUGAUGGUUAAUAAAAUCCUUGUAGAAUGGUGUUCAAAGGAUAUGAUAAUAUUCAGUUCGAAAAUAUUUUGUUCGAAAAAUA